UGUGGUAUCGUAGCAACCCAAUUCAACAGAAAAGAGGAAAAAUGGCGACCCAGAGAGAGAGAGACGCGAGGGAAUAUCUCAAGAAACACAAGAUUCUUGAGCUCAUGGACAACAUGACCAGCAUGCUCCUGUUUUACAGACCCGAGAAUCCCCAGCAGUUUCUCAUUGAGCAGCUGGAGCUGCUGAAGAUGUCCCGGGAAAGUCCCAUGGCAGCGCCAAAUCUGUUCGACAACUCCAACCUGACUGCCGUCUGCAGCAUAAUGGAUCCCGCUAACCAGAAGUAUAUCAGUUUUGCACAGUACAAGCAGGCUCUGACCAUGCUCGGCAUAAAAGUCAUCAAUGAAAAACCUGAGGGCGGAGCGAGUGACAAAAUAUCCCACGAAACAUUUAAAACCGAAGCGAUGCAAGUCCUAGCGAGAGACUCAGCAACAUAUGCAAAGUCCUGAAAGUUUUUUUUCUCCUUCCUCUGCAACGGCUGUAAUUUUAUUUCCUGCUAUUUGUGGUUGUAGAGAUAUUAUUGGUUUGCUUCAGGUAGAAAACAUAUGAGGUUGCUAAGCCUGUGGAAAAUGCAGAAACUCCCUGAUGAAUUGUGCUCGUUCUGAUUUGAUUUUUUAUGUUCUUUGAUGUUGUACAUUUUAAAAAAUAUGCUAGUAUCCACUCUUGUCAAAUAGUCUUUCCGCUAAGCCUGAACUGUUACUUAAUUUAAUGUAUUUUUCCACACAUUUUCAUUUAAUAUGAGCCACAUUUAAUUUUAUGGCUACUAAUUUUUAUUUUUACAGAAACUCAUUUAUAGCACACAAAGAACAGGGACCUCGUUAAUGUGAGACAAUAUUUAAGAAUUUAUAACUUUGCUUUCUCAGUAUUACCCAUCUUGUAAUUGUAUUAUGGGAUACAGUCAUAAUUAUACCAUUAUUAUGAGGUGUGUGUGAGUAUACAAAAAGUUGUUCUGAAGUUAAGAGUAGCUCUAGAGCAUUACUUCCAACAUAUUUCUACCCAAGCACAAGUAAAAAGAAGCCGUCCAAAAAAGGACUCAAGUGAGUAAAAACGUAUUUGGCAAAAACGGGAUGUAAGUAUUGAGUAACUGAUCAUAUCAGCUUACUAAAUGAAAAAAUUAAAAAUAAAAUAAACUACUUUCAAUGACUGUA